AGCAAACUUUGUCACUUUGUGCCGCCUGAUGGAUUUCAACCUUCUAACAGAUUCAGAGGCUCGCAGUCCUGCCCUCUCCCUGUCUGAUUCUGGAACACCUCAACAUGAUCACAGCUGCAAGGGGCAGGAUCACAGUGACACGGAGAAGUCUCAACAAAACCAAACAGAUGACUCUAAUCCUGAAGAUGGCUCACUAAAGAAGAAACAAAGGAGGCAGAGGACACAUUUUACCAGUCAACAACUCCAAGAACUUGAGGCCACCUUCCAGAGGAAUCGUUACCCAGACAUGAGCACCAGGGAGGAAAUCGCCGUGUGGACCAACCUCACAGAGGCCAGAGUUAGGGUAUGGUUCAAGAACCGGAGAGCCAAAUGGAGAAAACGAGAGCGAAAUCAGCAAGCUGAACUUUGCAAGAAUAGUUUUGGAGCUCAGUUCAAUGGACUCAUGCAGCCCUAUGAUGACAUGUACUCUGGAUACUCCUAUAACAACUGGGCUACUAAAAGUCUUGCAACUAGUCCCCUCUCUGCUAAAAGCUUUCCAUUUUUUAACUCCAUGAAUGUAAGUCCUUUGUCAUCCCAACCAAUGUUUUCUCCACCCAACUCGAUAGCCUCUAUGACCAUGCCUUCUUCUAUGGUUCCAUCAGCAGUGACUGGAGUUCCAGGCUCUAGCCUUAACAAUUUGGGGAAUAUCAACAACCUUAACAGCCCCAGUCUCAAUUCUGCUGUCUCAGCCAGUGCCUGCCCCUAUGCCUCUUCAGCAAGUCCCUACAUGUACAGGGACACAUGCAACUCAAGCCUUGCAAGUUUAAGGCUGAAAGCUAAGCAACAUGCCAACUUUACGUACCCAGCAGUACAGACUCCGGCUUCAAAUCUAAGCCCAUGUCAGUAUGCUGUGGACCGGCCAGUAUGAACGACCACAUACCAAAGACUUGAUGGUAGCCAUAAUACAGAAGACCUUAUUGUCCUGCAGUGGAUGCCUUUUUAAAAGUCAAAAACAAAUGGCAUGACAUUCUAUCUGAGGAACCAUUUCAAUUUUGAAAAUGACAAAACUGCAGACUUCAUUAUAUUUUGGGUUCAAGAGGACAUUCUAUAUGAAUU